AUGUCAAGAAGCUCAUUGAUGAUAAGUUUUCUGAGGCUGGAUCAAGAUUUGAAAAGCUGUGAAAAGAAUUCAGAAGCUGUGGAAAACUACUUGUCUGGGAAGUUCAUGAAGAUAUAUACAGGCCAUGUGAACAAAGUAUACUGCAUAAUACCUACGUUCUCUGUGACAAGUGAGAAAUACAAUGUCAGUGGAUCUGAGGAUCACUACCUGGCCUUCCAUACCUAUGGGCUAUGCAUACCUGAAAAGAAAGCCAAAAUUGAGGGCUUUCUUAUAGGGGGAGAAGAACAAGAGCAGGAGGAAUUUCAACUAAUGAUAAUCCUGGAGUUGCGAGGCAAAAGAAGUGCAAAUCAUCCCAAGAAUACGAAGGAUCACAUUUGGAGAAAGGGCAAAUCUGUGGACUCUGAUGAAGAAGCCGAUUAA